AUGCGCCUAGUACUAAUAUUGUCAUCAAUCACAGGCUUUGUUAUCGCAUUCAAAUCAUACCUCAAGUUCAACAUAUCAAGAUUAAGUUUGGGCGCAAAAUAUAACCCAUUUGACUAUUCUGCAAUCAAAUAUAAGAAGUACAAGGCCACUCGAUCUAUGAAGAAAAGCUACAAAACUAGAAAGGCCUUGGAAGAAAACGCAAUGCAAUUCGUAAUAAAAAAGUCGCGAUUGGAGCAGUAUAAUUUUUAUGGAUACAAAAUGUCAAGGGCACCGGGAGAUGGCGGGGCUAUAAACCACUUUAGACGUGGGCUAGACAACAGGGUCACUAUCGCAGCAUAUUACACUGGUGUAUAUAGUCCAGACCUCAGUAAUUUGAAUAAAAAGAAUACAAAAACUAUAAGUAGUAUUGGCACAAAGAAAAAAUCCGAGAAUGAUGAAUGUAAUAACAUAUAUGGACUAAAGGGCGCCGUAAAUGUCACUAUGGAGGAGGUUGAUAUUAUAAACACGUACCCAGACAAGACCUUCGGUCGCUACGAAGGCAAACAACCAGCGAAAGGAGAUAUGUUUGCGCAUGAAUGUUGUGCCCCUCCUGAUGAUGAUAAAUAUCGCUUUUAUGCAACAGGAAAAAGGCCCAGAUCUUCAACCCUUCCCAAAGCCAAAAUCAAGGUAUCUCGUAGAGUGCUUGAGGAUCAGGGGUACAGCGGGUUAUUGACCGACAUUUUGUUCAAGGGUUUGGAUGAGAAAAAAGUGAAUGUAUUGCGUGAAGUCGAGAUAAAGCUUAAGAGUAGAAGUGUAGAAGAAAAGCCCCCGGAGAAGAAAACUUAUUGGCGCCAGACAUAUACUUGGGACGUUCCAGCUCAUGUGAGUUCGUUGGUAAAAUUGAAUGAAUCUGAUUCGGAUGAUAACAUCAGAUCUUCCGAUAUAUCAGAAUCUUUAAUGGACUUGCAAUCAUAUGAUGAGUGA